AUGGCAGGCGGGAAAAUAAAGACACCCUUAUCUGAGAAAAAGCAAUAAAAUUAAAAAAUGCCAAUGAGCAAGACUAAAAAAAUAACUAAGAAAGAGCCGACUAAGAGCAAGAAGGCUGAUGUGAUAGAAAUACAAGAAAAUAUUGAAGUCAAAAAGAACAUAAAAGUAGUUCCAGAGAAAAAGAAAGCAAAAGUAAGAGUGGUAAAUGCAAACAGGGGCAGUCCUAAAAUGCUAAAAAAUGUUGCAACUUAAAAGUAAAACAAAAAAGUAAAAAUAUAUGAGCAAUAACAGUCUGGUGAAACAUCAAUUGAAAAAGGUUUUACCGGUGGACCUUAGAAUUGGUUCAAAGACAAGGAAUUCUUUUAGAAAUUAUGUGCAGACUUGAAGAAUCACAAUCAUGAUUAUUACUUUGGGAGCUAUUCUAACUUUUAUAUUCAUGAAGAGAUGCUAAAGGACACAGUAAGAACAAAUGCUUAUAAAAAGGCAUUUGAACUGAAUGCGGAAUAUUUCAAAGAUAAAAUAGUCAUGGAUAUUGGAACAGGCACUGGUAUUCUUAGUAUAUUUGCAGCUAAAGCUGGUGCCAAGCAUGUCCAUGCUGUUGAGAAUGCUGAAAUUGCAAAUUUUGCUAAGGAAAUAAUAAGGAAAAAUGGUUUUGAAAAUGUUAUUACUGUUCACAAAGGUAAAAUGGAGGAAGUCGAAAUUCCAGACGAAGUGGAUAUUAUAAUUUCUGAGUGGAUGGGCUAUUUUUUACUUUAUGAGGGAAUGUUAGAUGUUGUGUUAAUGGCAAGAAAGAAAUUUCUUAAAUAAGGUGGGUUGCUAUUUCCUAACAGAGGUAUUAUUUAUGUUGCAGCAAUUGAGGAUGUUAAAUUCAGAAAAUCUAAAGUUGAUUUUUGGAACGAUGUUUAUGGGAUUGACAUGUCUUGUAUGUCAUCAACAGUCUUAAGUGAACCAAUUAUCGAUGGAUUAGAUUCCAGGUAGAUAAUUUCAAGCAAUUCCUUGCUUGUUGACUUUGAUUUUGAUAAAAUGAAUAAAAAGGAUGUUAACUUCUCAAGAGCAUAUUCAUUGACAUUUUAAAAAACAGAAAAAUGCAGUGGCAUUGUCGCUUGGUUUGAUACUCUGUUUUCUAAAAUGAAACAUACUGUUAUAUUGUCUACCUCACCAUAUAGUAAACUUACUCAUUGGAAAUAAACUACAUUUUACACUGAUAGAACUCUUGAAGCUUUCAAAGGAGAUACGCUUUAUGGUUCUAUUGCAGUUAAACAAAGUAAAGGUAAUUUUAGAGAGCUAGAUGUAAAGAUCAGUUAUCAUUUCAGGUCGAAGCACAAUUCUAAAAACAAUGAAGAUUUCGAGUAACUUUAUAAGGUAAGAUGA